AUGGAAAGUCGUGUUCGUGAAAAGGAAAUGUCCGCACUAUUGGGCACUGCUCACGACUUGGACCUUGAUGCCGAGGAAGAAGAACAGAAGGGUAAUGUCGUGUUGACAAGUAAGAGGAAAAACCGUUAUGAAAUUGUUAAACCACUGGUGUCUGGAAAUAAUAGCACCGUUUAUCUUGUCAAUCACAUACGGGAAAACGGCUCAAUAACGAAAAUGGCAAUGAAGGCAGAAAAUCAAGGCAUCAACCCGGAAAGCACUGGAUUUGCUCUCGCAAACGAAAUACGGUUCCUUGUGGAAUACCAAAAGCGAUGGCGAGACCAGGUACGUGGGUGCGACCAUUUGCUCCCAAUAUGCGACUACGGACAUUCUAAGAAGUACAAAUUCUUUAUAAUGCCUCUACUUGGGCCGAAUCUCGAUCAACUACGAGAAGAAAUGAAAAGGGAAUUUUCCCCUGGUACCGCUGUUCGGUUAUCCCUUCAAGCUCUCGAUGCUGUAUCAAUGCUUCACCAAAUCAAAAUCCUACACACACGCAUAGAACCAUCACACCUUUGCAUUGGAACGGAACAUAAACGGAACAUGUUGUUUUUGAUUGGAUUGGGGCACAUCGUCACAUUUAGUAAAGCUCCUACCUGGAACCGUAAGGCACGCUACUCUCCACGAGCCAUCGCUAAUAAGAGCGUUUCGAAUAUGGAGCUGGAAUGCUGGUUUUUUACAUUAUUGGAUUUGCUCUGUCGGAAUGAGUUGCCGUGGAAUAAGUUCAAAAAUAUGACGAAGGAAACGGUAGAGGAGAGAAAAUUGGUUAUGUUCAACAGUGCAGCUGCAGGAGGUCUCCAACACCGAGGAAGUGCACUAGCACAUGUCCCUGGAGAGGUGCGCGCGCUGUGUGUCAUAAUGAAUAAAUCUAGUUUCAAGGCUGCUGACUUGCGAUAUCAGCUCAUAAAAUACCUCAAUCGGACGAAUGUCAGUCUUCAUAGUCCUUACGAGUGGGAAGAAACUACGGAAUAUCUUGCUUCCAAAGACAUCAAACCCGAAUCAAAUUUGUACAAGCAGAAUGUUAGUGCAAUACAUAAGUGCACUAAAGAGCUAAUGAAAAAUUACAAGCCACCGCAAAAGGAUCCCGAUUCGCUUAUCUCAGGCGAAGGCUAA